UAAAUUCAAAGUGUUUUAGUGGUUUAAAUCAAAGUGUUUAGUUGUGGAUAUUUUCAAAGUAUUAGUUUAUAUACUACCCUGGGCACUAGAAGUAAAAGUAACAUUCGGAGAAUGGGGCAAAAAAUCGGACAAUGGGGGGAAUUUUCUGGGCUUCAUUUUUUGCUCCGUCAGAAACUAAGUCAGAAUCGUAAUAUAAGGCCAGAAGCCCAGAGGGCCUCUGGGUCUUUGCUUAUUGUUCCGACUUUGGGUGCUUUAAGGCGGACCCCAGGGGCCACCCUGCGCCCAUUUCAUGAAACUUACUUUCUAGAAACAGAGGCCUCCAGAGCAAGUGCCCAGGCAUCACACGGCCCACUGCCCCACCACCCGAACCCUUAUUGGGUCACAUUUUGAGCUUUUUGGGGGGGCAGAGGCGUAAUUUUACAGUUUGCUGAUUUUCACCCACGGCUCAUUUGUAAGCUUAAAGCAAACGUAAAGGAAUUGACGGAAUGUUUGUGAAUCCCUGGGCGCGAUUACACUCUGCCAUUCGCCGUACAUUGGCUCCAGCUCCAUGUCCGGGACACGGAGCGGACAUUAUGCCAUUUGCCGUACACUGAACACGGGCAAACGAAUCAAUACCAUUGCCCGGACAUUAGCGCCCUAGACCAUUACAAAUGGUACAUUUUGAGAGUGAAAACCCUAACCCUACGUAGGGCUGGGUGGCGGGGAAUCAAACCAUGGAUCAUAGAUUCCCCAGCCCGUUUCCCAUCUCACUGAGCUAACCCUACCAGGUGCAACGGAUAGAGACUAAUUGGUAGGGAGCGCGUGGCAGGGAGCGAGUGAGCAGAGAACAGCGGUGAUUACUGAUUAACGACACCUGCUCACAGGGCUUUUGGAAGCAGAGUGCGGUCAUUUCGUUUGGGCGUCGGCCGAGGUAAGAGCUCGAAGGAGUACUUUGAAAUUAGAAAUGUCAGAUACGGUGACAAGUUGCCCGCUUUGCCGUGGUGUGUAUGCUGCUUUGCGGCAACACUUGAGGAGAGCUCACGGAGUGAAGAACGCGGAAGAGAGGGGCCUGCUGUUGUCGCUAGCAAGUGGCCGAACGAACAUUCGCGCGGAGCCUUGUCCAGUCGCGGGGUGCAGCUACAGAAAAAAAAGGUUAGACCGUCACCUUUCUGAUGCGCACCCUGAAGUGAAUGCCGCUGAAUUGGACGAACUGUUAGCAAGUUUAAAGAAGCGUGUAGCGGUGAGGCAACUCUCUGAGCUGCGGGCCACUUUACCGGCCAUUUCCAUGGUGUCGAGGCUUGACGAGGCCGCCUAUGAAGAGACCGAGGCCAGCCCCACGGAGCUGCCUCCGUCUGGAGUGGUUGCGGAGACCCCCACCGAUCUCUCUCCGUCUGACGAGCUUGCGGGCAGCCCCAACGAGGUGCCCCCGACUGGCGAGAUUGCGGAGAGCCCCACCGACCUGCCUCCGUCUGGAGUGAUCCAGGAAAGCGGCCAUGGCACAGAGCCUGGUGGUUGCAGCAUCCGGAGCUGCCUUGCCAUCCGGAGUGCUCUUCGCGCCAGGUGUUUCCAGUUACAGAGGAAGGUGGCUUUGCUCUCAAAGAGAGGGAGGAACCCCUCCAUGGACCCGGUCCCGGUCCAGCCAGGGAGAACGGAAGGUUUUGGCCGACAAAGUACGUCAAAAUGCCCCAAGUUUUCCCAGUCUGUGGAAUCCUACUUGUCUGCGUACCGCCUUCAGAACCAGGGCUCCAAUCCCUCGGUAAAGCGGAGGGAAAACGCCGCAUCCAAGGUGGGAAGAGUCCGAGACUUCUUAGCAUACAUGGCGGCUGGUAAGGAUAGGCUCCACCUGUGGAACUACCUAGACAACCCCGAGCGUAUAUUCAGUUACGCAGCAAGCCUCCAGCCCAGCAAGACCGUCACGACGGCUGCAAUUUAUCUAAAAAAUUUGUCCCAGUUCAUGAAGUAUUUUCAGCAAACGCCCCCGAAACAAUGCAGACUUUCCCGGGGUCAGAUAGUCGGUGUUAUACGGGCUGUGGAUGCCUCUAAAUCUAACAUCCACACACCAGUAGUCCUCCACCAGCUAAAGGUGAAGUCGGAUAAACUGUCCCGCCUGGUUUCCCGUGAGACGCUGCGUGACUGUCAGAUGAGGGCGAGCGCAGCAAUCCCAAAGGUUCUGGACUGCAUGGAGCGUGGAAACAGCACCCGGGAACGGUACGCCUUUUUCGGUCACUUGUCCGCCCUCCUGGCAUCCCUCUAUGGACACCGGCCGGGCGUAUUCAGGAACAUGACAGUGACUGAGGUGCUCCAUGCUGCGGAGGAGGAAGAGUGCGAGGCGGACACCAUCACCGACCCUGGCUAUGUUAUUUCGGUGGCGGAGCAUAAGACUAACAGGGACUUUGGCGCAGCACAGAUGUACCUGCGUUCUGAAGAGUACUCCUGGUUUAAAAGGUGGCUGGCGGUGCGGGGAAAAUGCAACCCCACAACGGAUCACUUUAUGGUAGGCGAUGGAGGAGGGCCAGUCACCAACCUACUCCAUUGCAUGCAAGGUGCCUGGAUAGAAAUGGAGCUGCCUGGCCGGCCAAAUUUCCUGGACCUCCGCACCGCAGUCGCAGCACAUGCCAAAAACUUCCAUCCCGAUGAUGUCCGAAGGCGCAUAGCAACCUUCAUGUGCCACGACGUAUCAACUGCUGACCGCUUCUACACACUCGUCCUGAAUCCGAGGCAGGCCAAACAGCUACGUAUCCAGCUGGAAGAAGUUGUUGCUGACCCCGACCCCCCGUGUGCAUUGUCCGUUUGAAUAAAACGAGUUGUUGAAUUCAAAGUGUUUAAUGUAUUAUUUUA